AUGUCUGGUUUUGAGCAGACAUCAGAAUUUCAGGAUGUGCUGCCAGAUUCCUUCAGGAAAAGCAAAUGCACCACAUCUCAUGUCCUAACUUCUGCCCUAAAGAUACAAGGAGAAGAGAUCUAUCCAACUAUGACAACACAAGAUGCCAGUCAGUCUCAGGCAUACUCAUUGACUAAGAUGCAAGCUGGACUUAAUGAAUCAUCUCCUGAGCCUGUGACAACUACACGAACUGUCAACUGGCGAACUCAGGGGAGCCCUUCAGAUCAUCUGACACUUGGACGUAAUGUAUCUACACCUGGUCCAGAUCUUACCACACAAGAGUUCAAGCAGGCAACCAAAGAGAACAUGUCUAAUGUCACUUUUGUGGAGUAUGAGGUACUCCUACCUGGUGUUUCUGGUACUUCUGUGGAAAAAAAUAUCACUUUGGACAGGGCAGCUAGAAUUGAACUUUCAUGCAGAUUGGACAAUAAAUACUCUCAUUUGAAAAGUCUUCAAGUGACUUGGAAGAGGGGAAAUGAAACAAUCAGACACAUGAAUAAAACUGAAAACAGCUGGAGCAUCCAGUUGAGGAUCUUGGAUAACAGUAAUCUGGGAGGUUACAGUUGUACUCUGAAAGGUGAAGAAAUCAGCGCUAUGUUUCAUUUACAAGUACCGAAAAUUGAAGGAAAAGAAAAACCCAUAGUCAGUUAUGAAGGAGAUACAGCUGUAAUGAUUUGUAAAAGUUUUGGCUAUACUCCCAUUGCUUGGACUUGGUAUAUGACCAAUGGAAGUGAACAGAUUGCCAUUAAUGACUCUCUGCUGGCAGACAAAUAUGUAAUUAAUAGACUAUCUGCCAAUGUAACCCAUCUGAAGAUAUUGAAGCUCACCAAGGAAGAUGACGGUGUAUAUUGGUGUGAAGCUGCUUUUGAACUAGGAAAAAGUAAAGGAAAGCUGAAGCUUAGAGUUCUAUCCCUCAUGGUGCCUCUCAAACCCUUUCUAGCAAUUGUGGCUGAAGUUGUUAUUUUAGUAACUAUUGUUUUCGUCUAUGAGAUGUAUUCGAAAAAGAAAGAGAAAUCUGCAGAAGACGAAAAAGAAUUUGACCAAGUUGAGCAACUUAAAUCAGAAGAAAGCAAUGGUCUGGAAAACAGUAGUGCUAGGCACAGAAAAACUUAAUCUGGUUCCUAAA